UGUCACUUUAAAUUACUUAGAAAUGUUGAGAAGCGUUACGGACUGACACCGCUUCAAACUACAUGUUUACCGGGGCUUUGGAUCUCUUUUCAAUAAAAUCAUGUCUGCUCCUGUUCCAGAAGGUUCCGCGCCUGGCAACCGGCGCCUACAACAGACACAGGCCCAAGUGGAUGAGGUGGUGGAUAUCAUGCGUGUGAAUGUGGACAAGGUGUUGGAACGGGACUCCAAGCUGUCAGAGCUGGAUGACAGAGCGGACGCGCUGCAGGCUGGAGCCUCCCAGUUUGAGACCAGCGCUGCUAAACUCAAGAGGAAGUUCUGGUGGAAGAACUGCAAGAUGUGGGCCAUCCUGAUAGCUGUCAUCGUCAUUAUCGUGGCCAUCAUCAUCAUCUGGAACCUGUCGUAAAGAGUCAGUUGUUGGAGGAAGAAGAGGAGUGGAGUGAAUGAUGAAGAGGAGAGUGAUGAUACAAGUGAAGGAAGAGCUGAAUGUCUCAGAAACACAAGGUCUCACGGUUUAGCCUACUGAGCUCCUAAGCCUUUUCUCUACAGCUGUGGUCUUUCCCCUGCUCCUGGAGGGCCCAUCCUGACACAUUUAGAAGGAAGAGUUGUAGCUAGAAAUGUAUUGAAUAAAAUGUCUGUGACCUUCUGAAUGUAGCUACUGAAUAGACCCCUGGUUCAAAUGCAUAUAAAUGUCAUCCUGAGACACAAACCACAUAGUGUAUAAACACACACUCUGUUUUACUAUCCUUCUGGGGACCCAAAUUUAUUCCUAUUCAAAUCCAUUUUACCUUAACUGUAUUCAAAAACACUCUUUAAACUAAUUGCUCAGUGUUUCCAGUGUUCUAUGAAAUAUUACCUCUAAUUACUUACAAUAUGAGUGAAAUAUUUUGCUGGUUUUGAAGGGCUCACCCCAACAGCACAUCGUUUUUCCAAGUGCUGAUUUGGCCAGCUUAAACCUCUCAGUAGGUUGAUAUGAGUUGGAUGUUUUGAGAUGUUCUCAGUGUAAGUCAACAACAUGAAGAAAACAUGACUCAGAACUGAGAAAUAAAGAUGUAUUCAUGUGGAUUCUGAUUCUUUACUGGGUGCAAUGAAGACAAGUCAGGUUUUAGCUGGGAGAGCGUUGGUCUGGAUUCUAAUCCUAAACCCUAUUUCAGUUUUUGUCCUAAACCUCACCCCUAAAAUAUUUUGUUUCCUCAAAUGGGACCACUGAAUUCACUUCACAAGGAAAAAGAUCUUUGCUGGGAUUGAUGUCCCCACCAGGAUAGUAACACACUCCUCCAUGUGGCCCUCCAGUAACAGGUGUAAAGCACAUUGCUAACAUUUCUCCUGUUAUAUUUUCCCUUAAUAAUUAUAAAUGUGAUUGUUUGUGGCAAAGCGAGACAAAUGCUUGAGUGAUUUACUCGCUGUGCCUUCCUGAUAGUCUCCAUUGUAAUAUUGAAAUGUGCCAAGGAGCAGCCCCCAACCCUUUAAUACACACACACACACAUACA